AUGACCGAAUCUUAUGAUUUUUAUUCUUAUAAAACUAUCGAAGAUUUUGGAUACAAGUUUAAUGAAGCAGGAGAAUUGCGUAAUAUUGUAACAAACGAUAAAUUUAAUUUUUUCGUUAAACCUGACGACCAAUCUUAUAACCAACGUCAUUAUGAGGCGUUGGGUGUUAUUAUUGGAGAGUAUAUUGAAAGUGAAUUAGUGUCAAAAUUUGGACUCAAAAGAAAAAUUAUUCCAGUGGGUUUGAAAGAGGACGAUAAUGAACCCAAGAGCAGAAUUUAUCUCAGUGAAGACGCACUCGAAUGUCAAAAUUUGCUUUUGCUUAUCCAGGGAUCUGGGGUUGUACGUCCCGGACAAUGGGCGCGACAAGUAAUCAUGAAUGAAUCUCUUGAGCUUGGUAGUAUGUAUCCAUACAUUCAAAAAGCGCAAGAGUUAAAUUGGGGUAUCGUUGUAUUUAAUCCUAACAAUAAUGCGGUAGAAAUUAAAAAUGACGAAGGUACUAGUCGAGUACUUAUACCUGGUUCAGAAUCCUUACAAGAACAUUGUUUAUAUGUGUGGGAUAAAUUUAUAAAUGAAGCUGAAGCUAAGCAUAUCUUGAUUGUGGCUCAUAGUUAUGGCGGGAUUAGUACUCUUGCUCUAUUACAUAAAUUAGAUAAUGAUUUCAAAUCACGCGUUGUUGCUAUUGCUCUUACCGAUAGUGUACAUAGUUCCUCAAUGGUACCUAUCAAAUCAAAGGAUUGGUUUUCAAAGAUGUCCUGCAAUUGGAUCAAGUCACACAAGCCUUUGGCGGAAAAAAUGGAUGAAGCAACAGGAUACUAUGGAUGUUUUUGUGUUUCAGCUGGUCAUCCCAAACACGAAUAUACUUCUGGCACGGCAAUUAAAAGUGUAUUUGAUUUCUUGCAACACCGUCUGAAAAAAAAGAUGAACCCACCGGAACAGACCGAGCAAGCUGAGAAAACCGAGAAAACUGAACAAAAGGCUGAACAACAGACUGGGCAACAGACUGAGCAACAGACUGAAAAUAGUUUUGACGCUGAAGGAAACAAAUCUAAUAGCGAUAUGGAUAUAGACGAGGACAAAGGGAUCAGAAUUGAAAGCAAAGAUAAAAUAAUGACAGAAAACAAAGAUACAAUGAUGACAGAAAACCAAGAUAAAAUAAUAACAGAAAACCAAGAUAAAAUAAUAACAGAAAACCAAGAUAAAAUAAUGACAGAAAACCAAAACAAUAAUUCCGGUGAACAAUCAAACCAAAACAAUGAUUCUAUUGAAGAGUUUUUAACUGAAGUUAUAAAAGAACAAAAUUAUGGAACCACUGAGGAGUCCUCCACUGAAGUUACGAAUGAAAAAACUAGCCAAAACAAUGGCUUUAUCGAGAAAUCCCUUAAUAAAACGGAACAUAAUGAUGGACCCACUGAAGAGUCCUCCGCAGAACAAACCAAUCAAAAUAAUAGUUUCAUUGAGGAGUCCUCCACUGAAAAAACCAAUCAAAAUAAUGGUUUUACUGAGGAGUCCUCCACUGAAGUUACGAUGAAACAAACCAGGGAGUCUCCCAUUGAAAUCAAUACAGAAUUAAAUCAAAACAAUGAUGACUCAUCAAAGGAAGUUCAUUUAGUAACGGUCAUAGAUUCUUCAAAUGAAUCAAAAAAUCACAUUACAUCUGAACACACUUCCGAACAUGAUUUAAAUUUGCAAAAAUCCGUACCACCCGGUGAUAUAACACCUGCUGUACAAAAUCAGCAACAAAGCCAUCAACCAAGUCAGGAAGAACAAUCGAUAACUGAGGAUAUCAAUAAUGGUAAUGAACAAUCACCAGAUAAUGCAAAUAAUGUAAAUAUUGAUCAAGAUACUGAUAUGACAAUUGAUAUCAAUCAAGAAAAAGAUUCCGUCAAUAAUGGUAAUGAACAUCAGCAACAACAAUCAUUAGAAAAUGUAAAUAAUGAAAAUAAUGAUCAAGAUAUUAAUAUGUCACUUGAAACAGACAUUUUUGAUACGAAUCAAAAAAAAGAAUCAUCUCAAGAAUUAAAUAUUGAUCAAGAUACUAAAAUGUCCCUUGAAACAGAUAUUGAUCUAAGCGAAGAUUUAUCUCAAGUAACAAAUAAUCCAAUUAUUACUUAUUCCACCCAGGAAGAAAGUUGA